UAGUGUUGGAGCCUGCAGGCGAGCUGAAGGGGUGAAUUAUCCGCUCGUCGUCUCCAUCAUGACUCUGCUGCUGGACGUCUCUCGCUCUGCGGCCGCGUACAGCUGUCUGAUCCGCCGCCGCUUCAAGAGGAGGAGGAAGAAGCGUUCUGAGCGCAAAGGUCGAGUUGGAGCUCGGGUACCUCGAAACCAGCAGAGGCUGCUCUCCGGGGAGGCGGACGAAGAAGAAACCAUGAGUUCGUGCAGCACAGAUGUUAAAGAAAACCGCAACGUGGGCAACCUCUUCUCCAAAGGGGGGGUCACGGCGGAGGCUGCUCAACUCCCCAAUGGGAGUGCUGGGGGUGGGAGGAAGCGUCCCCUUGAGGAGGGCAACAACGGGCACACGCACUCAAAGUAUCGGCCCAAGAAGCGUAAGAAAGUCCCGGGGCCCAUCCUGCCGAAGAACGCACUCAUGCAGCUCAACGAGAUCAAACCGGGCCUGCAGUACAAGCUGCUGUCUCAGACCGGACCGGUCCACGCCCCCGUCUUCGUCAUGACUGUGGAGGUCAACGGGCAGCUCUUUGAAGGAUCAGGUCCCACCAAGAAGAAGGCCAAACUGAGCGCGGCAGAGAAAGCUCUGAGAUCAUUUGUCCAGUUUCCAAACGCCUCGGAGGCCCACAUGGCGAUGGGCCGGACUCUGUCGGUCCACACGGACUUCACCUCGGACCAGGCCGACUUCCCCGACAUGCUCUUCAACGCCUUUGAGACCUCCGCCCCUGUGGACGACCCGUUUUACCUCACGCCCAACGGGAACGGUUCAUUCUGCUCGCUGGGAAUCGAGUACCCGUUACUCCCCUCCCCCAUCCCAAACCUGCUGCAGGCCCCCUUACCUCCACCCCCGUCCCCCUUCAUUUCCCCGCCGAGCGGAAAGAACCCCUUCAUGUCCCCAGCAAGCGGCAAGAACCCAGUCAUGAUCCUCAACGAGCUGCGGCCGGGCCUUAAAUACGACUAUGUGUCGGAGAGCGGGGAGAGCCACGCCAAGAACUUUGUGAUGUCGGUGAGGGUGGACGCUCAGAGCUUUCAGGGCUCAGGGAGGAACAAGAAACUGGCAAAGGCUCGAGCUGCACAGGCCGCUCUUUCCGCUCUAUUCAACAUGCAGCUGGACCAGGCGCCAUCGAAACAACCGAUACCCCGAGAGGGACUGCAGCUCCACCUGCCACAGGUCCUUGCGGACGCCGUCUCCCGCCUGGUCGUCGACAAGUUCAGCGAACUGACGGAGAACUUCACGUCUCCACACGCUCGACGGAAAGUGCUGGCGGGCGUCGUCAUGACAACAGGUACGGAUGUGAAGGAGGCCGAGGUGAUCUGCGUCUCCACGGGGACAAAGUGCAUCAACGGCGAGUACAUGAGUGACCGAGGUUUUGCUCUGAACGACUGUCACGCUGAGAUCGUGGCUCGCCGCUCGCUCAUCAGGUUCCUGUACUCACAGCUGGAGCACUUCCUCAGUAACCACGACGAGGAGCAUCAGAAGUCCAUCUUCACCCGCUGUGAAAACACGCAAGGAUUCCGACUGAAAGAAAACGUCCAGUUCCACCUUUACAUCAGCACGUCGCCGUGCGGAGACGCCCGGAUCUUCUCCCCUCACGAGGCCGGAAUGGAGGAUCAAGGAGACAGACACCCGAACAGGAAAGCUCGUGGACAGCUCCGCACGAAGAUCGAGUCCGGGGAGGGAACCAUCCCGGUCCGGUCCAGUAACACCAUCCAGACGUGGGACGGGGUCCUGCAGGGCGAGAGGCUGCUCACCAUGUCCUGCAGCGACAAGAUCGCCAGGUGGAACGUGGUGGGCUUCCAGGGCUCUCUGAUGAGCUACUUCACCGAGCCCCUCUACUUCUCCAGCAUCAUCCUGGGCAGCCUGUACCACGCAGACCACCUCUCCAGAGCCAUGUACCAGAGGAUCACCGAGAUCGAGGACCUGCCGCCGACCUUCAGCCUCAACAAACCCCUGCUCAGCGGAAUCAGUAACGCGGAGGCUCGUCAGCCGGGAAAAGCUCCAAACUUCAGCGUGAACUGGGUGGUGGGCGAUCAGGGUCUGGAGGUGAUCAACGCCACCACGGGGAAGGACGACCUGGGUCGACCGUCCCGACUCUGUAAACACGCGCUGUACGGCCGCUGGAUGCGCCUGCACUGCAAGCUAUCGUCCACCCUGCGGUUCAGGACGUCGAGGCCCGGCAGCUACAACGAAGCCAAGCAGGCGGCGGCCGAGUACCACAACUCCAAACAGAGCCUGUUCAGAGCUUUUCACAAAGCUGGCCUCGGAGCCUGGGUGAAGAAACCCAUCGAGCAGGACCAGUUCGCUCUCACCACCUGAGACUAAACCCCACUUGCUGCUGCUGCGGCCGCCGCUGCAUGCCGCUGCUGCAUGCUGCACACUGCUGCUGCGGGUUGCUGCUGCAGGUGUUCUGACUUUCUGAAAGUGUUUGUGUCUAACUUCUCUGGAUCGUCUCAGGCUGAAUCCAGAAGUCUGAAUCAGUGGAUAAAAACUCCUCGUUCAUUCUUGAAUCUCCUUCUUCCUCUCAGCCAGCACUUAAAGAAAUAUUCAGUUAUGCAACUUUAUACAAAGACUAAUGUACAAAGAGACUUUGAGAACUUGUAAAGAGUGAAAGAGUUCACUUUGCAUGUCUGAUGAAUUUAAACCAUCGGGACGUCUGCAGAUUAAAGGUUUGUUUCAUGUUCACUUCAGUGAUCUCAGAUGACAUUUCUUCUACCUGGACGUCUAAAAACUGGAGCGACACUUCAAUACAUCCUGACUCAAACAGGCGAGAGAACUUUAUGCAAAGAGAGUGGAACACGUCGUGCUGAGGUCGUCAAACGACAGUAAUCUGACUUUCUGUUUCUGAAAAAUCACCAAAGAUGAAGCCAGCGUCAAACGUUUCAACUUUCAUGUUUUUAUUCGUUUAACAGUUUGUUUUAAUUCCUCAUGUCUUCCUCUACGGACAAGUCAAAUGUUCGUUUGUGAUUCUAUUCAAACAUCCUGUUUUAUGUUCGAUGAACCAAACUGACAUCGCCUGUUAUACCGGCACACAUCAUGUAAACUUCAUCUUUCUUCUGGAUGUAAAAACCUCAAACACACUCACAGGGUAAAUGUCUCUUAAUGUAUUUAUUUAUUUUCAUUACAUAUUUUAAUAGCAUGAAUAUUCCGGCUCCUGCCUCAGAACUUUAUAAAAAGGGAGACAAAGACGUUUGUGUUUGAAUCUUUACUGAAGUGAACGUAUGAAAAGAUUCCCUCUGAACGUGAUCCCGAGCCUGAGGCCUGAUGCAUGAGCUCCACCUGUAAAGCAUGAAAAUAUGAAACCUGUAGAAGCCGAGUCAACACACUGAGAUACAGACCGAAUAAAAACCUACCACACAGA